AUGAUAAUGCAAAAUAGUUCCUGAUACGUGAUUGGCCAUUCAUGUUUAUUAGCACUAUUUUCAACAGAGAUCAGGCUAUAUAUUGGAAGGAAUAAUAUGCUAUUUCUCAUAGGGUGCUGAGUCCUUUGAAAGUUGAGGAAACCCACAAUUCAAAAAAGGAUAGAAAGUGUAGAUCUUCCAUCAUGCCCACUUCACUUCUGCCUGUUAUAGCAAAGAGGCUUGUUUUCUUCGGGGCAGCACAAGUUGGCAAGUCCGCAAUCAUCAGACGUUUCAUCAGCCAAUCUUUCUCAGAACAUUACAUCCCAACAGUUGAAGAUAUGUUCGAGAGGCCGAUUGACUACCAAGGCAAAGAGAUAAAACUACAAAUUCUUGACACCAGUGGCAGCUUUUACUUUCCAGCAAUGCAUCAACUGGCUCUCAACAAUGGUGAUUUAUUUGUCGUCGUUUACUCAACUGAUGAUACAUUGUCUUACCAUAAAGCUCUUGAAACCUGCGAUGAAAUAGAAAGAACGAGAGGUCCCGGAAUGCCCAUCGUGGUCGUUGCCAACAAGAAUGAUCUUGAAAGACAAGUUGAACAGGCUGAAGCUGAACUUAUGUUUUGUCAGUGGAACACAUAUCAAAUGGAAAGCUCUGCCAAAGAUGAGAACUCAAUAGCAGAAAUCUUCACAAGAAGUCUCUCCUUACUAUGUGCCACAGAUUUCAACUCACCCGAAGAUUCCUCGCCCAAGGUAUGCAGUGGUCAAAGAAAGAGAGGAUCAAGUAUUUUAACAAAGAUUCGAAGUUUAGGAAGAAAGAUAACCAAUUUCCCAAACUGACUACUUAUUAUUGAGUUGAUCUAUUGAGACCUUUGUAAUAGGUCCAUGAUUGAGACACAGAAGAAACUUUUAAUUCUGAGUGACAUUCGAAGCAGUGAAGUGAUAAGUUGUGAACUCAUGAAUCACGUUUGUAUUCAAAUUACUUAUUCUCUAAUAAUAAAGGGCCGAACAUCGGCAGUGCAUACGAAUUUUAAUUUUUCAUUAUAUUCUGUUGGAAGUAAUUAUGCAAUAGAAGAUAUAUAUGCCAGGUGCAGAUUCAUGGAGUGGGGGAGGGGCGAUGGGGCCUUAUAAUGAUAAUAAUACUUCUCUUAUAUAGCGCAUAAUAAACUGAAAGUUUCUCUACGCGCUUUACAAUAAAGGUUACAAAGUACACAUACUACAAACAAAG